AUGUCUGGCGUUCAGAACCUUGUAAUCUCACUCGUUGCCAUGCAAGCCGCUCGUCGGAUACCCUUCGACGACCCGGACACACUGAACUUGGUUCGAGCCGGAUACGUGGCUUCGCAAGUCAUCAUCCUAGCCGUGUACUACUAUGUCUCGAUGACUAUCAAAAAGAAGAACGACCAGACGGUGCUCAAAUAUGUGGAGCCGCCAGCGGCUAUGACACAAGAACCGGGGCAACUAGUGACGACGACCAUACGGGACUACGACCUCUCCGAGACAUCCAAGCUCCUCCGUUCAGCGUAUAUGGGCAUCGCCAUGAUGGCCGUCAUGCACAUCUACUUCAAGUUCACCCAGCCGCUCUUCAUCCAGGCCCUCAUGGGCGUCAAGAACCUCUACGAUGCCAAGCCCGUCGCUAUCCACCUCUUCAACAAGCCCGCCACCGGAGACCUCAAGCGCCCUUUUAAAACGGGUGGGAUGUUCGGCAUGGCCGCUCCAGGACCUCAAACGGACGCUGCAGCGAUCGCAGAGGCCGAGAAGCGUGUUGGAAAGAAGGAAGAGUAA